AUGGCUUUAUUAUUAAAAUUAUUUUUAAAUUUAAGACUGACGUUGAUAAAUUUUUUACUAUACAAUUUAAUCCAAACAAGAAAUAGAUUUUUAAAUAAUAAUGCAAAUUUGAUUAUGAUCAGUUUGGCUAUCAAAGCCAAAGUUUGUAUUGAAUGCUGAUUGCUCUUUAUGAGGUUCUUAAUGGCUCAUAUGGUGCUCUUUAGCAAAUUGAAAUUGAUUUGGCAUUGUUUAUUUAAUAUCUAUCUUCGAAAAAAGGCAACUUGACUGAUAAUCAAUUGCUCAAAGUUUUUAAUUCAUUUCUUCGUUUUGAAAGUUAUUUAUACGAGAUUAUUUUAUAUAAAUAUAAAUAUGGAAAUACUAUUAGAGGCUUCUUAA